CUUUCUUCACGCGUUCACGCGUGACAGGUUUGAAUACAGACAGUUCAGUGCAGAGGGGUGCAUCGUAGAUGUUUGUCGGAGAUUGAAUCCAUGCUCCUUGAUGGCGGGUGUGGUCUCACUUUUCAUUCUGAAUCGGAAUGGAUCCUUGAUCUACAGCCUAGAGACUCAAGAUGCUGGUGGAUACUGAACAAGCUUGAAGUCAAUUUCCACUAUCAGGGGUCCAGCCAACUGUCCUCCAACGACAAGAUCCGCUUGUCUUCAACCUUUCACGGCGAUGAUGUAUCCUGCAUCAGCGCGAUUGCCGCCCAGAUCUCACCUGUCAAAAGAAGUGGAGGCCCAUUCAGUUUUUUGCAGACAACUGGCAUCCGGACACUCGACGCUGACACGUUCCGAUUACAAUGCUUCCACACGGCCACCGGUGUGAAAAUUUUUUGUGUCAUGCUGCCGCCCUAUGUGGAUGCUGAUAUACUUUUACGGCAGGUCUAUAGUCACUACAGCGACUAUGUGUUGAAGAAUCCAUUCUACGAACUCGACAUGCCCAUCCGCUGCGAACCAUUUGAGAAAGAGGUGCAAAGAAGCCUCUCCGAGUUCCAGGGGCGAUGAUGCAGCAGCACUGAAGGCGCAUGCUCUUGAGUCCAAA